AUGCUUUCGAGGCAAGUCCUGGUAGCUUCGCGGUUUCUGCGUGCCUCUCGCGCGCCUCAGCUUCGACACCCUUUUCCAGCUAUUGCCCUGCAGCUUCGCUCAUAUGCAGACAAAGUCGUCAAGGUGCCAGAAAUGGCCGAGUCGAUUUCUGAGGGUACUCUGAAGCAAUGGUCGAAGCAGAUUGGCGAUUACGUCGAGCAGGAUGAGGAGAUUGCUACAAUUGAGACAGACAAGAUUGAUGUUGCAGUCAAUGCCCCCGAAGCCGGCACUAUCAAGGAAUUUCUCGCAAACGAAGAGGACACUGUUACUGUCGGACAGGACUUGGUCCGCAUGGAGCUUGGAGGAGCACCAGAGGGCGGAGAAAAGGAGAAGGCAAGCUCGGAGCCCAAAGAGCCUGCAGCAAAGGAGCAAUCAACAUCUUCUAACCCAGAGCCACCGAAAGAGGAGGAGUCGAAGCCUGAAAGCGCUCCCCAACCGCCCCGAGAGAAGAAGCCUGAGCCAAAGAAGGAAUCUUCGCCCAAACAAACCGAGUCCAGGUCAAGUUCUGCGCCAACUUUCGGAAAUCGUGAAGAGCGACGUGUCAAGAUGAACCGAAUGCGCCUCCGGAUCGCCGAACGCCUAAAGCAAUCCCAAAACACCGCGGCCUCCUUGACAACUUUUAAUGAGGUGGACAUGUCAUCGCUGAUGGAUUUCCGGAAACUGUACAAGGACGAAGUUCUGAAGAAGACAGGAGUCAAACUUGGGUUCAUGAGUGCCUUCUCACGAGCUUCGGUACUGGCAAUGCGAGACAUUCCUGCUGUCAAUGCUUCCAUUGAGGGGCCAAAUGGUGGAGAUACUAUUGUUUACAGAGAUUAUGUCGACAUCAGUGUGGCUGUUGCGACUGAGAAGGGACUGGUCACUCCAGUCGUCCGAAACACCGAGACAAUGGACCUUGUCGGGAUUGAGAAGUCCAUCGCAGAGUUGGGCAAGAAGGCUCGCGACAGCAAGCUGACAAUCGAGGAUAUGGCGGGUGGCACUUUUACCAUCAGCAAUGGUGGGGUUUUCGGCUCUCUGAUGGGUACUCCAAUCAUCAACCUUCCUCAAACGGCCGUUCUUGGGCUCCAUGCUAUCAAGGAUAAGCCAGUCGUUGUAAACGGUCAGAUUGUUAUUCGCCCUAUGAUGUACCUAGCCUUGACCUACGACCAUCGCUUGUUAGAUGGAAGAGAAGCUGUACAGUUUCUGGUGAAGGUCAAGGAGUAUAUCGAGGAUCCUCGGCGCAUGCUCUUGUAG